AUGACGUUCCCACCGCAUAAGCGCCAAAAGCGCGAAGAAUAUCGCCAGGCGCAGACGCAGGCAGCGCAGAAGGAGAGCACGGAGAUUAAGAUGCCAAAGAAGAGAUUCUACAGACAGAGAGCGCAUGCGAAUCCGUUUUCGGAUCAUAUGUUGGAUUAUCCCCUUAGUCCUGCACAUAUGGAUUGGGCAUCACAUUUUCCGGCUUUCGUGGAUCCGAAUCCGGAUAAGAAGAACGAAGGUGGUUUCAGACAGUUAGUGAAGGAUGUUGAGGUCGUUGAUAUUGGAUGUGGUUUCGGUGGGUUGUUGGCUGGUCUUGCGCCCGUCUUGCCGGAUACCUUGAUUGUCGGCAUGGAAAUCCGCAUCUCUGUCCUCGAAUACGUCACAGGACGCAUCCAGGUCCUUCGCUCGCAGAGCGAACAAGCACAGAAAAUAUCCUCCUCUCCAGCUCCAGCACAAGCACAGGCCUCUUCCUCCACAUCCUCUCCCUCCCCCUCCGUAUCAUCAACGACAAUCACUGCCCCCGUUCCAGGCGGGUACCAGAACGUCUCCGCUCUGCGAACCAACACGAUGAAAUUCCUCCCCAACUUCUUCGCCCGCGCACAACUCUCCAAGAUCUUCAUCUGUUUCCCCGAUCCGCACUUCAAGGCUAGAAAACACAAGGCGCGCAUCGUCUCUCCGGCUCUGAACGCCGAAUAUGCCUAUGUGCUACGGCCCGGUGGUCUGUUGUACACCAUCACUGAUGUGGAGGAUUAUCAUAAUUGGAUUCUGAAGCACUUUGAGAAAUCCGAUGAGCGGGAAGGGAAUAGUGAUACGGGAGUUAAAGAACUCUGGGAGAGGGUGUCGGAUGAGGAGUUGAAGGAUGAUCCGUGCGUGAGGAUUAUGAGCGAAGAGACGGAAGAGUCUAAGAAGGUCACGAGGAAUAAGGGGAAUAAGUACGUUGCGGUAUUCAGGAGGAAGGCUAAUCCGGAAUGGCCGGCUUGA